AUGUCUUCACCCGAGGAACAAACCUCAACCUUUCGACCAUUCACGAAAGCUGAGCGCAUUCAACAACUCAAUGAAAUAGAUAAGAGUAUAUUACAACUUGUUCAGACUGCCGGGCAAACUCUCAAAAUUCUUACUGCAUCAAAAGAACCAGGAGAAGCACAAUCAUCACAAGAAAAACGUGAAGCUUUCGAGAAUGCCUCAAAUGCUUAUUUAAAAACUCUUCAAUCCGUCGAUGUGCGAUUACGAAGACAAAUACUGGGGUUGGAAGAAGCAGAUAUUAUACCAGCAGAGAAGGUGAAUUCGAAAAAUAAGGGCAAACCAGCAGCUGAACCUAUGGAAAGACGACCAGCAGUUCCGGGAAAUAUGGCGGGAAACAAAGCAGAUGAUACAAUUAUAGAAGGAGGGUUGGGAAAUCUUGAUAUUGGUUUCUUGAACAGUCGAAGUGGAAGAGUUGGUAGAGAUAUGGAGGCUGAAUUAUGGGCAAAGAGUAGAAGGUUUCUAGAAGAUUUGGAUAAUGGCAAUUAUAAUUCGCAGCCAUUGUCUCAAAGGAAGGAUGAAAUCAAGCAAUAG